AUGGCUAUUAGUUUAUUAGAUAACAAUGACAAUAAUGAUGAGUUUCAAGAAAAAGAUGAAGCAAUAUUUAGAUCCGCUCCUAUGAUACUUGUUCAAUUUUAUGUUACAAUUGAAUUAGCUAGGGAUAUGGUUGGUGUUUUAGGAGAUUUAGGUAUUGUACAAUUCAGAGAUUUAAAUUCAAAAUUAACUCCUUUUCAAAGAACUUUUAUAAAUGAAAUUAAAUCAAUUGAUUCUAUGAUUCAACAAUUAAAUCAUCUAUAUUCAAUUAUGUUGAAACAAAAUAUUAUGAAAAAAAUUGAUAUUUAUUCACAUUUAAAAGCUGAUACAAAACCAUUACCAACUAUAUCACAGAUGGAUGAAUUAAAAGUAAAAUUAAACAAUUCUUAUCAAAAAAUUACCCAAUUAGAGAAUUCUUUUAUACAUUUAGAAAAACAAAGAUUAAAAUUAAUUGAGCAUAGAUAUACAUUGAAUAUAUUAAAUGACUUUCAAAAUUCAGAUUUAAUUAGAUCUAGUUUUGAUGAAAUUGAUGAUGAAACUACUCUGCUCACAAUUGAUAGGUUAGAGCAAGGUAUAGAUGUUUUUGAAGAUGAAUACAAUGUACUUUCGGGUACUAUAUCUAAAGAAAAAAUACCUAUUUUAAGAACCAUAAUAUAUAGAAUUUCAAAAGGAAAUUCUUAUUUUAAUGAAGUUGAAAUAAAAGAAGAUGAUAAAAUUAAUGUAUUUUUGAUUUAUGUACAUUCAGAAAUUUUGAAAAAUAAAAUUGAAAAAGUAAUUGAAUCUUUAGAUGGUUCAAUUUAUAUAAAAGGUGGUGCGUCACUACCAAAUAUUAAUUUAAGUGAUUUAAAUACACAAAUUCGUGAUUAUGAAAACAUAGUUUUCACUACUAAAAAUCAAUUAAUUGAUGAAUUGAUGUUUUUUCAAGUCAAUUAUGCAGAUUAUUUGUACACGGUAAAGAGAGAAAAAAUGAUUUAUGAGACAUUGAAUAGGUUUGAUGAAGAUAGUACUAGAAGAUGUUUGGUGGGUGAAGGUUGGAUACCAACAAGUGAUUUUGAAUUGAUACGUGAAAAAUUACAUAAUUUAAUAAGGAAGAAAACAAGACAAUUAAAUAGAGAUAGUGAUGAAACUAAUAGUUACUCCGAAACCGAAACAUCAUUUAUUUCAAUUGAUCAUACUACAAGUGAUAAUGAACUUAUGGCCGUUGUUAAUCAAUUAAGUACAAAUAGAGUACCACCAACUUUAUUCAGAUGUAAUAAAUUUACUCAAGCAUUUCAAAAUAUUAUUGAUGCUUAUGGAAUAGCAACAUAUCAAGAAGUAAAUCCUGGUUUAGCCACAAUUAUAACAUUCCCUUUCAUGUUUGCCAUUAUGUUUGGAGAUUUAGGUCAUGGAUUUAUAGUACUAUUAGCUGCAUUAUUUUUGAUCAAAAAUGAAAUUUCAAUUGGUAAUAUGCGGAAUAGGGACGAAAUAUUUGAUAUGGCUUACAAUGGUCGUUAUAUCCUUCUCUUGAUGGGAUUAUUUUCAAUGUACACUGGGUUGAUAUACAAUGAUUUAUUUUCAAAGUCAGUGGCAAUAUUCCCUAGUGGUUGGAAAUUUAAUUUCGAAAAUUAUAAACAAGGUGCCACCAUGGUUGCUGAAUUAGUAGGAGUUUAUCCAUUUGGAUUAGAUUGGAUAUGGCAUGGAACUGAAAAUAAUUUAUUAUUUACAAAUUCAUAUAAAAUGAAAUUAUCAGUUUUAAUGGGUUAUACUCAUAUGAAUUAUUCAUUGAUGUUCAGUUUGGUAAAUUAUUUAUUUUUUAAAAGUAAAGUAGAUAUAAUUGGUAACUUCAUACCCGGAAUUCUUUUUAUGACAUCAAUUUUUGGAUAUCUUUCAAUAUGUAUAAUUUAUAAAUGGUCAGUGGAUUGGUUGAAAAUUGGUCAACAACCUCCUGGUUUAUUAAAUAUGUUGAUAAAUAUGUUUUUAAGUCCUGGCACAAUUGAAGAACCUUUAUAUGCCGGUCAGAAAUAUAUUCAAAUCUUCCUCGUAUGUAUAGCAUUGCUAUGUAUACCACAAAUGCUUAUUUACAAACCAUUGAUGCUUAUAAGAAAUAGAGGUUAUAGUCAAUUGAGAUCAUAUGAAAUACAAUUACAAGAAGAAGAACGUGCAAUUGAAUUGGAGGAUGAAAUUCAAGAGAAUGACUAUGCAUUUCCUCACGAAAUGAUUUUAUCAACCGUUGAUGAAAGUCAUGAUGAACUGAACGUGGGUGAUAUAGUUAUACACCAAAUAAUUCAUACUAUUGAAUUUUGUUUAAAUGGUAUAUCCCACACAGCUUCAUAUUUGAGAUUAUGGGCAUUAUCUUUAGCUCAUGCUCAAUUAUCAAGUGUUUUAUGGACAAUGACAAUACAAAAUGCAUUUGGUAAAACUGGAAUUGUUGGAACUUUAGCUACUUUUUUUUUAUUUGCAAUGUGGUUUACCUUGACUGUUUGUAUUUUGAUUUUAAUGGAAGGUACAUCGGCAAUGCUACAUAGUUUGAGAUUACAUUGGGUUGAGGCAAUGAGUAAAUUUUUUGAAGGUGAAGGUUAUGCUUUUGAACCUUUUAAUUUCAAAUCAAUAGAUAUAUAA